AUGAUUAAUGAGGAUUUCUACUACCUAACCCUAGAAGGCGUGACCGUCGACGGUGGGUCGACUCAGUACCUCCGACCCGACGGGUCGGAGGACGAGGAAAACAAGGGCAACAUUAUAAUCGACUCGGGGGCAGCAUUGACAUAUUUGCCCUUGGAGAUUUACGAGGGGUUGGAGGCGGAUCUUGUGAAGGCAGUGAGCGGUCAGAGGGUUGACUCACCAUACGGGUCGUCCAACCUGUGCUACCAGGGAGAGGAUUUCCAAGCGCCAUCGGUGGUGAUGCAUUUUAGUGGAGGAGCUGACGUGGUGCUGGAGCAGGAUAACACAUUUACUAAUUAUGGUCAGGGGAUUAUGUGUCUGACAAUGGUGCCGAUGUCACCGAAUGACAAUGGCCUUCCAAUUUUUGGGAACUUGAACCAGAUGAAUUACUGGAUCGAGUACGAUAUUGUUGGGAAGAAGGUCAAUUUUAAAAAGAGCGACUGUGCAGCCGAAAGCGCCGCACGUUUGAUUGGUUAA